CAAAGGUUUUUUUUUCUUCUAAUUUCUCACUCUUCUAGUAAACAGCUUUUGUCCAAGGAUUUUGUGUUGACAUCAUAAGAAAACUGAAUGAUAAAAUACAGAUUUCUGCUAAAUUUCUUAUAGUUAAGCUCAUAAGAAUAGCCUUCGGAAUUGAGGAAGUUUUUCCCUCCAAAUCCACACUGUGUAGAGCUUCUUCUCUUUGCUGCCCAUUUCUAGCAGUGUAGUUGCUUCUCUCAGUCCACUAUAACCGUCCCAUUUUCCCCUCUAGGCUCAAAAGCAUCGACAAAAGGUCGAUAAAACUCGCAAUGUUGCGCGAGACAGCAUCAAAAGCAAGCAUGCUCGUGAGUAGCAUGACUGAAUGCGACUCAAUAUCAGCUGCUUUGACUUUCCACCGCCGAAUUCAGCCGACGAACACAAUUCCCAACACAGUGAUGUGGUUCCCCUCGUUCGACGCCCAUCAUUUCUCACUGUGCUCCGCUGUAGUGUAACCAUUUUAUGGAUUUUCUACAUUGAUUCCACCUCUUGGUAGCAUCGUCUCCAUGUCUCACCAUCCAUCAACCGUUUCCCAACUCUGAGUGCCAAAUAACCACUAUAGAGGGAGCAAAAGUCAUCGGUUUAUCGACGACUAAACACCAAAAUAAGAAGGCCAACAUUUGCUGGUGUGAAUGAUAAAUCCACUGAAAGCAUUGAUGAAAUUGAGAGCCAAGCUGAAGAACAGACUCAGGAAGCUUUCUAAAUUUUUCAGUUCAUCUCCUCAUUUUCCCUCCUUCUUCCUUCCCACAUUCGCCAAUAUGACGACAAUCGGCGAGGAUGCGCCACACAAGGCGACCUCGAUCCUGAAAGUCUCCGGGAAUCUCAUGCAUCGCUUCGUGGUGAUCCUCGUGCGCACCGUGAUGAGAUUCCUGUUCGGAACGAAAGGUGGCGCCAUGCCGCCGAUUAAGGACUUGAAUUUGCUGGAAUCGGCAACGUCCUUGGCGCGCAAAAUCCGCACGGGCAAAGUGAAGAGUGUCGACGUCGUGCAGUCCUUCAUUGAUCGAAUCAACGAAAUCAAUCCCGUCCUCAAUUGUGUCGUCGAUCGACGCUUUGAGGACGCACUGAGAGACGCUGCAGCGGCGGACAAGUUGAUAGCGUCCGGAGAGUAUUCGCAAAGUGAAUUGGAGCGAAUCAAGCCCUUCCUGGGCGUCCCAAUCACCACCAAGGACUGCAUCAGUGUCAAGGGAAUGCUCAACACAGCCGGAAUCGUGGCGAGACGCAACACGAGAGCCGAAGAGGACUCAGAAGCCAUCCAGAGGAUGCGAGACGCCGGCGCCAUUCCGCUCGCCAUCACAAACACCAGCGAAUGCUGCAUGUGGUGGGAAAGUUACAACAAUAAUCACGGCAAGAGCUGCAAUCCAUACGACACCAAUCGCACUGUGGGCGGAAGCAGUGGUGGCGAAGGAUGUCUUCUGUCUUCAGGCGGUUCUCCAUUCGGAAUCGGUUCAGACAUCGGCGGCUCCAUCCGAAUGCCGUCCUUCUUCAACGGCAUCUUCGGCCACAAGCCAUCGAAGUUCAUCGUGUCGCUGAAGGGUCACUAUCCCAUCCCCAAAGACCACAAUCUCAAGUCCUUCCUCGGCGUCGGACCCAUGUCACGCUACGCCACAGACUUGCUGCCCAUGCUCAAGAUUCUCGCCGGCGAGAAUGCGUCCAAGAUGCGCCUGGACGAGCCUGUGGAUCUCACGCGCGUGAAGAUCUUCUACCAGACCGACGACGGUGGCGGACACCUCGUCACACCCGUCGACCCAGACAUCAAAGCCGCCAUCCAGAAGGUCGCCACGCACUUCCAAUCCACGCUCAAGGCGAAAGUGCAGAAGGUGCGCUUCGACAAGCUGCGAAAGUCCGCGCCCAUCUGGUUUGCCAACAUGAAGGCCAAGGACGCGCCGGGCUUCGACCAGGAAAUCACCGGCUACACAGGGAAGAUCAGUCCGCCAGUGGAGCUGGUGCGCUGGAUGCUGGGACGCUCAAAUCACACCCUCAUCGGCAUCAUGACGGCCCUGUUUGAGAACUUCGGCGUGAAGUACGGCGACCCGAAGCAGAAACAUCUCGUGCAGCAGAAGGAGAAGCUCUUCGCGGAGAUGCAGGACCUCCUGGGCGACGAUGGCGUCUUCAUCUACCCAGCGCAUCCCACGCCGGCGCCCUAUCACUAUGAGCCGCUCGUGCGGGCGCUCAACUUCUCCUACACGGGCGUCAUCAACGUCCUGGGCCUUCCGGCGACCGCGUGUCCGCUGGGCUUGGGCUCCGAGGGUCUGCCGAUUGGGCUGCAAGUGGUGUCGGCUGUGAAUCAGGACCGCCUGUCCUUGGCUGUGGCGUGCGAACUGGAGCGCGUGUUCGGCGGCUGGGUGGCCCCCGAAAUUCAGGCUUAACUUGGGUGUAUUUUACAUGAGAUUUUUGAGUAAAUCUGUUGAUAUUUUGUGAACUGAGCGCAGUUAAAUUUCACCUCCCAACUGCCGAAUGAUG